AAUUCUCUCUUCAACUCUGCCCUGAAGCAGUCAUCUGCUGUCCGCCGCGAUCUCGAUCAAUUUUCUCAGUCGCCCGCUACUUCUUCGCCCGCUCUCCAAGGCCAGAUUGCCGCCUCACUUUCCUCGCUCUCACGCACCGUCGAGGACUAUUCCGCCCUAUCGAAAAAGGAGUUGAUCACGGAGAAGCAGGAGAAAGCCUUUGAGCGAGUCAAGAACUUCCGCACCGAAUUGGCCGACUACCGGGCCCAGUUUGAACGUCUACGUAAAGAACGAGAGGAAGCGCAAUCGGUCACCAACCGCAAUGAACUCCUUGGUCGCCGUCCCCACCACGCCGCCACCCCCGAGAACCCAUAUGCCCAGUCCGCUCUCCCCAGCUCCUCGGCCUUUGCACCCUCAUCUUCUGGCCUGAGUUUCGGCGCUGGCCCCAACAAUUAUACUCGGGAAACCCACGCCCUGCGCGAACAAUCAUUCUUUGCGAAUACCCACACCCAGCUUGACGACUUCCUCGAUCGGGGUCGCGCAGUGUUGGCGGACCUCGGUCAACAACGGGAGGUGUUGAAGGGGACUCAGCGCCGACUAUAUAGUGUGGCCAACACGUUGGGGGUCAGUGGGGAUACCAUUCGGAUGGUGGAACGGCGGGCUCGGCAGGAUAAGUGGAUUUUCUGGGGGGGGAGUGGUGAUUUUCUUCUUGUUCUGCUGGGCUGUGCUGCAUUUCUUGCGAUGAGCAAGGAUGGGCUAUUAUGUGAU